AGGUCGAUAACGUGGUUGGCCCGCGCUUACGUGACCGAGCAAUAUGGCAGCGGUUGGAGCCGUCACGAUCGUCUGCGUGUGACGCGACUGCACAGUAGCGAUACUAAACGUUUUUCGUAAUCGGCAUGAGUCAAGCGGCACGAGUGAUGGUCUCGUUACACCAGUGAAAUUGAGAGAAACAGACAAUGGAAAAUGUGGCUGUCGGACGCGGUACGUUUCACAUGCCCUAAGUGCCAGGUUUGACAAGCGCGGACCCGGGUGUUACGGCGAGUGCGUUCGACGUGGUGACGGUUGACAGGUGGUGGUACUUGUCAUAUCUGUCAUUCUUGAUUGCUAACUUUAGCGCGAUCGCUGUUACGCUAUGUUCACCACUCUGAAAAACAAGAUACGCGAGGAAAUCGGCAGCGACGUGUCCGCUGUCGUCCGAAACGCCGGGAAUAUACGUGCCAUUAAUUCCAGGCAUGUGUCACAGACAGGUUCCACGAGUAGUAUUAGUGGUUCUCAGGUAUCAUUGGAUGGAUCGAGGGAAGAAAAUGCAGCAUCACCCUUACCACCGGUUUCGCCGAAGCGAGAGAACAGCUUUGAACUCAAGCUCAGUGACGGCAUGCAAUUAUCUGCAAAGGACAUAAAAAGAUUCGAGAGUAGAGAGGAUGAAUGGAGGAAGCGUCUGGCAAAGAAGGAGACGGAAAUGCUGAAACGAAUGGAGAAAAAGGAGGAAGAAUGGAAAACCCGGCUGCUCGAAAGAGAGAAGGAAUGGAAGAAAGUUGUGGAAAAGCAAGAGAGAGAGAAAAGAAAACUGGAAGAAGAGAUAAAAAAGAUAGAACUUGCCAAGCACACCGUGGAGUGUGCUCUCAGAGAUGCAGAAGAAUAUAAAAAGAAGUUGUACAGUUUUCAAGAAGAUGCAGAGCAACUGGAAGGUUUUCAAACACAAGAGAUGGCGAAAAUUAAACACCUUUUGUUGGCGAAAGAGCAGGAGGUAGAGGAAAAGUCGCAUCAUUUGAAAGAUGCAACAGCAGAAGUGGAAUACCUGAAGACAGAAGUUUCCCGUCUGAGACGAUACGAGGACGAGUUGAACAAUGUACAAGACGAAAUGGAAACGAUGCGUCACUCCACGCAGCGCAAGACAACGCAGCUCUCUUGCGAGUUGGCGAAAGCGGAGGAGGAGGUGCGUCAUCUGAAGGAAAAGGUGUUCGUACUGGAGCAGAGGAUCGCCCUCGAGACGAACGACGAGGUGACGGUCGACGAGAGGAUAGCCGAGCUGAUGCGCGAGAGAACGCUGCUGGAGAGGAAGCUGGAGGAGGCGCACCUCCAUCUUUCUGAUAUAAAGACCAGUUGGUCAGGCCAGAUCUCCAGCCUCGAAACGCAGGUCGGCAGACUUAGCAGACAGGCGGGCGAGGAAGGAGUCGAGCGCAGACGAGUCGAGAAGGAAAAGGAGGCGCUUAAACAGAGAAUCAAACAGCUCGAGGCCGAUAUAGAGGUGAACAAUAUUGUCAUGGCGACGAAAGACGCCAAGCUUUUGCGCAUGACAGAGGACAUCGACGAGAUGGCCACGGAACUGAAAGAGCUCCGUGCCAGCGUCGAUGACGAGGUGGAAGAGUUUAAGCGGCAAAUUGAAUCCUCCUCGAAACAGAUUGCCCACCUUAAGUCGAAACUCGAGAACACGACAAGCGAGCUCACCGCGACUACCAGCGAGUUGGCGAAUCUUCGGACAUCCUUAGAGGAGGAACAGUCGAAUAAUUCCUCCCUGCGUCUCGAACUGGCGCAUUUGCGAGAGAUUCUCGAGUCUGAGCGAACAAUAACGGCAGAGCUGCGAGUUUUCCUCGAGAAGGAGCGGGACGAGAAGGAUGCUGCGUUACUGAGGAACGCCCAGGUAUCGCAAGACAUAGAAAUCGUGAAACAGGAGAAUCGGCAACAGGAAAUCGAAAACGUAGAGCUGCAGAGCAGAGUAGAGAAUCUGGAAGAUGAUCUUGUCGGCAAGGUAAAGGAAGCGGAGAAAGUGGCGGUCACGCUGAAAGAAUUCGAGCAAAAGCUUGCGAAACUGGAAGAAGUGGAACAUAGUAGGGACAAGUUGGAAGGGAACGAGAGAAUUCUUAAGAGCAGUCUGUUAGAUCUGGAAGAGCAACUGAGUGAGAAGAAUAAGACAAUCAAAGUUUUGCAGCAACGGUUGACCGACAUGAAGAAGACGCUUCAACGAGAACUAAAGAUUCCAUCCUCAUUAUUGGAUAGCGAUGUCGAAGCUUCCGCGGCGAUUCUCAAUCCAAGUUCAUCCAAAACCGUCACUGCCAGACAUAAUAAUUCCAGAGAGGACGAUGUUAAUUUUAAAUAUCUCAAGCACGUUCUCAUUAAAUUUCUCACCAGCAGAGAAUACGAAGCUCUUCACCUGACGAGAGCAGUGGCGACGCUGUUACAUUUUUCGCCGGAGGAAGAACGUCUCCUGCAGGAAACUCUAGAAUGGAAGAUGUCGUGGUUCGGCACAAGACCGAACUUGGGAUUCGGUCAGACCGCCAAGGCGAUACCACCCAGCUGAUAAUUACAAAACGUUCACACUUUGUUGGAACGGGCUUCGAGCAAUCGUGAGUUCUUGCAUGGGGGUACGGUUGGUUCGCCACAGCGAGACAGCGAGCCGCAACUGAUCCAAAGGGCAUAAAUUAUUUAGAAGAAUUAUUUAAAAUUACGUAAGUGGUGAUUUUAUAAACUUUAAUGCGCGUUCAUAAUAGAUGAGUUACGACACGCUCAAAGCCUACAAUGUGCAAUCCACCUUGCGGUAAAGAGUGCUUAUGUGCAAGACUACGAGAGACCCGACGAUGUGUAUGUAAACGUUCACGUAUGUAAUCGUCGAGGCGAGAACUCGUCACUUCGAUCAUUACGCAGUGCUGAAAUGACGGACUUCGAGCGCUUAAACCACUCGCACGCGAUGAUAUAUUGUGAUACCCAACGUUCGAGCACGCUUGGGCCGUGAUAUACACGCAGUUUUGAUACGCGAUUCUCGUAAUUUGCGACGCGCUGCGUUUUCUUCGGAUUAAAAUUAUCUCGUGUACGGGACGUUGACUACGCAGCGGCGAUGCAAAGGUUGGUCGAUCAUCGUCUACUGUUCGUUUAUCUUUGUAAUCGAGGCGUCGUGGCGGAUACUUCCUGUGAAAGAUGAAUUUAAUACACUACCAUUACCAUUUGUAUCAAUAAAAGCAUUCCUGACUACAGAUCUAUCUGUUUUGCC